AUGGCGUCCAUCGAUCGAGGGUUCUCUUCCCCUCAUAACGUCGAGCAGAUCGCUCGCAUGGCUCAGGAGUAUGAAUACAAUCCGCUGAUCCCCCUUCGAUACUGGUUGAGGACUGCAAGGACCCUGGUCAAUGAGGCGCAAAUCUACGAAAGAGAAGGUCACGAUGAACAGGCAUAUCUAUUGCUUUUCAGACACGCCCAGCUCGUGCUGGUGCAUCUUGUAAACCACCCCGAGGCGAAAGAUGAGAGCAACCACAAGAGUCUACUGGCGGCUGAGAAGCAAGUCAAAGUCAAUAUCGAGAAGCUGGAAGCUCUGAAGCCGCGGAUCAACAAGCGAUACGAGCGUUACAAGCAGUUGUUGCGAGAGCGUGAGUCCAGACAUCAGCGGGAUGACAUCCGGCCCACUCGGGGUCUGCCGUCGGAUCCUGCACUGGCUGGUGUUCCGGAAGCACUGGAGGCUGCAGAGAAUCGAGACCUGGCGGUUAAGCUGGCACAGAAAGAAAUCACCCGGAGAGCGACUGCUCGACUAGCGACGCGGCAGGCGGGAAUUUCAGAGGAGGAAGAGCGGAGACGCCGCAUGGCCGGUGUCUCCGCCUGGGGUGACUGGGAAGAAGCUCUGGCCCGAAGCGACGCAACAAGCGGCGGAGAUGAUCUCAGCAGACGGAUCCAGGAGAUCCGAAUGAACCUCGACCAGCCUUCGGUCGAUGUUGGACAGCAUCGUCAAGAGCCUCAGCAGUCAGCCCAGCUGGAUUCAGCUCAACCAGAGGUCUCCUCGACCUACAAGUACCCGAGUGUGCCGCGACAGAGGCCAUUUGAUGUCGGUUCUUUAGCACCUGUCCAGCCACGGCCGGAUAAAGGAGACAUUUCGCAACCUCCUAAACUUCCACCCAAGGAACAGCUCGUCGCAGACCGUCCUGCUGUGUCGGACGAGCCUCCUCCUCGUCCGAGCAAAGUGCCACCUAGUGCUCCGCCUGUGCCAAGUAAAGAGAAGGCACUAGUCAAAGAGUCGGAGUCAACGCCAUCAGAUCUCAAUCCUUCCACCUUCACGUUCAAGCCCUCUGCAUAUCUUGAAAACGGGACCCCAUUACGCACGGUUUUCUUGCCCCCUACCCUGCGGACGCAUUUCUUGUCGAUUGCGGAACCCAACACACGGCGGAACCUGGAGACCUGUGGCAUCCUUUGUGGAACGCUGAUCUCGAACGCUUUGUUCGUCUCGAAACUGCUCAUCCCGGAGCAAGAGUCGACGUCGGAUACGUGCGAGACGGUGAACGAGUCGGCCAUCUUUGAUUACUGCGACUCUGAGGAUCUGAUGGUCCUUGGUUGGAUCCAUACGCAUCCGACGCAAACCUGUUUCAUGAGCUCGCGGGACCUGCACACCCACUGCGGCUAUCAAGUGAUGUUGCCGGAGAGCAUUGCCAUCGUUUGUGCACCAACCAAGACUCCCGACUGGGGCGUGUUCCGACUCACCGAUCCCCCGGGUCUCAAAUCGGUCCUGAACUGCACGCAGACGGGGUUGUUUCAUCCCCAUGCGGAGGAGGAUAUCUACACGGACGCACUACGACCAGGCCAUGUGUUUGAAGCACAGGGGUUGGAAUUUGAGACGGUCGACCUGCGACCUGGGAUCUAA